GACAUGUACCUGGUGAGAUAGGAUAACAGCCAAAAUCAGAUCCCACACUCACACUCAGAGGAUCACUCACACUCACAAUGGAUGUACAUCACCAGUUCAGACCUCUCUUCCUCCCCCAGAAACACCCUCCUCUCCACCAGGAAAUACAUAGGGUCCCACAAUGAAAUGUUAUCUGCGAACCACACCAAGAUGGCCGCCGCAUUUUCAGUGUAUACGUGACCGAGGACAACAGUCUGCAGCACUAGUAAAGAAAAAGGCGGCCGCUCCUAUUCAGAUGUACUGGGUCAGCGGCCAUUUUCCCGGAUACCAGUCCGGCUGCAAUAUGUUCCUAGUAGUGUUGGUGAAGUUACUAGAAGAACUUCGGACAUUUCCUGUGGUUUAAACUCUGCUCUCCUGACAUCAAUUCUAUGCUCCCCCGCUGCUGUGUAUUUCCUGUUUGUGCCAGAUUUGUUACCGACAAUUGAGCUGUGUGGUCCGCAAGUCUUUAUUAGAGAUCACGUGAGGAUGAGAUACGUCACUGAUUCGCUGAGGAUGGAAAAGGACAGGAGUCACAUGACUGAGAGGAUAGUAACUCUCACCCUGGAGAUUAUCUACCUGCUGACUGGAGAGGAUUACACAGUAGUGAAGAAGACAUCCGGUGAGUGUGAGACACCCAGUAGUCAUCCCUGUGCUUCGGGAGGACCGAGCAGGACCCAGAGCCCCAUCACGGAGCCUCCACCUCACUCACUGAUACAUGAGAGAGACAAUGAGCAGAAGAUCCUGGAACUCACCAACAAGAUCAUUCAGCUGCUGACUGGAGAGGUUCCUAUAAGGUGUCAGGAUGUCACUGUCUAUCUCUCCAUGGAGGAGUGGGAGUAUUUAGAAGAACACAAGGAUAUGUACAAGAAUGUGAUGAUGGAGAAUCAGCGGACCCUCACAUCACUGGAUGGUUCCAGUAACAGAGAUACCCCAGAGAGAUGUCCCCGUUCUCUUUAUUCACAGGAUUGUACAGAGGAAACUCACAGGACCCUACAGGAGAAUCAGGGUGAAGGUCUGGCUGUUAAUAUGGUAGAAGAUAUAGAGGUAGAAGAAGUGACGUAUGUUAUGGGUGAUCAGCAGUGUAAGGAGGAGGAAAUCCCUACAGAUAUCAGCACAGCAGACGGGCGCACAAGCAGGAAAACUUUGGAGGAAGAACUCAUUGUGUCUCCAGAUUUUAAAAUAGAAGAUAACAACAUCAGACAAGAUUUUCCUGAAGACCAUUCUAUUACCUUAAAUUUACAUCCAGCACUUCACAUUGCAUAUAUACCAUCUGGUCCCUAUAAUCAUGAGGGAUGUUCUCCUGAUAAUUCAGAUGUUGCGAUACAAAAUACAACUCACAAAUGUGAUACAAUAUCAUCCAGUUCUGAAUUUGGUAAAUGUCAGUCAGUUUUUAUUAGACAUCAGAAAUCUGACACAGGUCAGAACCUGUUUCCAUGUUCUGAGUGUGGGAAAUGUUUUACAUACAAAUCUUAUCUUGUUAGACAUGAGAGAUGUCACACAGGUGAGAAACCAUUUACAUGCUCCGAGUGUGGGAAAUGUUUUAAACAUAAAUCCAGUCUUGUUGAACAUAAAAAAACUCACACUGGUGAGAUGCCAUAUCCGUGCUCUGAGUGUGAGAAAAGUUUUACACGGAAAUCGGAUCUUGUUAAACAUCAGAGAUGUCAUACAGGUGAGAAGCCAUUUCCAUGCUCUGAGUGUGGGAAAUGUUUUUCAUAUAAAUUCCACCUUACUACACAUGAGAGAAUUCACACACAUGAGAAACCAGUUUCAUGUUCUGUGUGUGGGAAAUAUUUUGCACAGAAAUCGUAUCUUGUUACUCAUCAGAAAAGUCACACAGGUGAGAAACCAUUUUCAUGCUCUAAGUGUGGGAAAGGGUUUACAUACAAAUCUUAUCUUGUUAGACAUGAGAAAAGUCACACUGGAGAGAAAAAAAACAUUUACGUUCCCUAAGUGUGGAACAUAUUUAAACAUAAAUUCCAUCUUGAUAAACAUGAGAAAAAUCACACAUGAGAAAACAUUUACAUGCGAGUGUGUAAAAUGUUUUAAACAGAAAUCCUGGGGCGUAUGUAAUGGGGUCCGAGAUUACCAGAGGUUUAUUUAAAGCGGUAAUCAUUUACAAGGCAAAACCAUGCCUUGUAAAUAAUUGGCGCUUAAAAAAAAGUCCGAUAUUUCGCACCUCCAGAAAACUCUGACCCUAUUACAUAUGCCGCCCUAUCUUGUUGAACAUGAGCGAAGUCACACAGGGUUGAAAGUAUUUCCCUGUUCUGAGUAUGGGAAAUGUUUUACAGUUUUGCGGUACAUCAGAGGACCCACACAGGAGAAACCAUUUCCAUGCUCUGAGUAUGGGAAAUGUUUUACAGACAAUCGCAUCUUCUUACACAUCAGAAAGCUCACACAGCUUCAAUGAGCUGAUAGACAUUGACAGGGUUGCAUCAGUACUAAAUAUUAUAAAAGCUUUGUGAAUACAUUUACAGAGCCUACAUACUCCAAGGUAUAAUUACAUCACUGGGGUCUUAUUCAUGCUGCACUGCAGGUGGGCCAGAUGUAACAUGUGCAGAGAAAUUUAGAUUUGGGUGGGGUGUGUACAAAUUUGAAAUUGCAGUGUAGAAAUUAAGCAGCCAGUAUUUACCCUGCACAGAAACAAUAUAACCCACCCAAAUCUAAAUCUCUCUGCUCGUUACAUCUGCCACACCUGCAGUGAAACAUGGUUUUGCCCAAUUGCUAACUUUUUUGGUUUGCUAACAAACCUGAAAAACCCCCAGAGUUACUGAGGGCUGUUCAAAUCUCCAGGGCUAGAUUUAUUUAUAUUAAAUGCAAAACACACAUGGUUUUAAAUUUAUAUUUAUUGUAGUUUCAAAUUCCAGGGUGAAAACUGCAGAGCAUCAGCCACUUGCAAAAGCAGCUGCUUAAUAAAUGUAGCCCACAGUCACACAACUUAACGUGAUAAUGUUACUACCAAUAGCGGACCACAUUAUUGGUACAUUGAUAACCAAGUAAUAUAUAAUCCCUGCAAUGGGCUGGUGAUAUAGGGGUGCAUGUAAAGUUUGACUCAAAUUUUGGUCCUUUUCUUAUCGCACAUGCAUUACACAUAGAUGUAGCCAUGCCGACUGAGUCACAUGUUGCAUCCAUCUCUUCUACGCUCUAGGGGCAAAGGUACAUGUAUGUGUGGCCAGAGUUUAAUAAGACCAUGCUCACGUUAAAUGUGUCUAUAUGGGGCUGAUUACUUGCAGUUUCUCCACCUUUGGUGCAAGUUGCAAACUUGUAAUGUUGCGUCCACAUCUGAUUGUCUGAAUGCGUCUAACUCAUUUAUGCUCAUAUUUUAGUUAUUGCUGUCUCAGUUUAUUUGCAUAAUUGCAGUGAAAUGAGUGAUUGGUUUGCAAUAAGAAUCCAUGUUUCCUAGUUUGCUUUUAAAUGGAAAAGCAACUGGUAUAUUUAUGUUUGCAGCAAAUACAAAAAACUGUAAUUGACUGUUUUUGUUUAAUAAGCUCCCUGCAAAGUACAUUUCUUCAGGGUUCAUAGGGGUUCCACAGGGAACAUCAGGCUUGUAGGUGGUGGAUGAGAGUCAGGGCACCAAACAGUUAAAGCUUUCAUUGUGGGAUACCACAAUGCCCCACUGUCCAGAAUAACCCCGCCUUCAUGCUCAGGCAUUCAGUUUUUUGAUGCGACCCCCCCACCCCACCCUGGCGCUGAAACUCCUGCUUGGCCAGUGUCUUAGAUGGGAACUUGCGGCAGGGGGCCACAAACUGUGACUAGCACCACUUGCUGCUGGGACUGCGUGGCCAACAACGGGAGGCUGGGAGAGGGGUCCCCUACCAGGACCCGCAUUUAAAUCGCAGUAUGCCGCGCAUCCAGGGAGACAGACCACGGCACUGGCGUGGACACUGUCUGUGGGCAGGAACUCCACUAGACCACCAGGGCUAUGGGGCACAGGUCCAGGUGCUGAAAACACCUAUUUCCCAGGCCCUGCAUGUACCUGGGGUGGAAGACCAGCAUAGGGGAGGCGGUGCUUGACCAGUAUCCCCUCCCCUAGCUCUGAGCACCAGUCUGCAGCAGAUUUCCCAACCUUAAGCUGCCUAAUCCUCCCUCCUUCACUCAGAGACCUGGGCAGCCAUCUUACAGCAAGGCAGCGAGCAGGUCUCCGGGAACGCUGGGCACGGUCUCCCUGUAAAAACGUCAGCAGCAAGCCAGGUUUUUGGUAUCCGUUCACAUGGUCGACCAUGUUAUGGUCGACAGUCAUUAGGU